GGAGGAGAAAGGAGGGGCGCGCGCACGCGCACCGGGCAGCUGCCGCCGCGAGCCGCCCCCCUCCCGGCGCGCGCCCCUCCUCCUCUCUGUCCCUCCCUGCCUCCCUCCCUCCCUCCUUCUCUGCUCUGUCGCUCCCGCGGCGCGAGGCGCUCUCGCUCCUCUCCUCCGCCCCUCCCCCCGCGCAGCCGCCGCCGCCGUCGCCGCCGCCGCCACCGUCCCCGAGACCCUAGCGCACGGCGCGCCCUCCCUCGUGCGCCCCUCCGGCCCCCGCGGAGAACGAGAGGGCGAGCGAGCACGGCGCUCCCGGCCCAGCCCGGCCCCCCUGUCUUCACCACCGCCUGCCCUCCGCCGCCUUCUUUCGCUUCCACCUCCACUCCCCCCCCCACAAGUAGAGGCCCCCUCCGGGGGGGGGAGGCCCGGGGCCGGGAGCGGAUUCCCCCCAACUCCUUCAGGCCCGCCCCCACCCGGCCCGAGAGUGAGGAGGGCCCGGGCCGGCCCGCGUCGAGAGUGAGGAGGACCCCGGGCGGGCCCGCGGGCCGUCUGGGGCCUGAUCCGGCCCCACCAGGCGUGUGAAGACAGGGGCCCGGCCCGGCCCGAGAGCGAGCGGAGGGGAGGGGCCUGGUCCGGCCCGGCCGGUGCGCGAGGACUGGGGCCGCGGCCCCGCACGGCCGCCGCCGCCGCGAUGGCCCAGCAGCAGAUGACCAGCUCGCAAAAAGCCUUGAUGCUUGAGCUGAAAUCCUUGCAGGAGGAACCAGUGGAGGGCUUCCGGAUCACCCUGGUGGAUGAGUCCGACCUCUACAACUGGGAGGUGGCCAUCUUCGGACCCCCUAACACCCUCUACGAAGGCGGCUACUUCAAGGUACCCCCAACCCCUUCCCGGGCCGGCUUCCCAGGCCUCCGCUCUCCGCCGCGGGCCGGGAGCGUGAGCGCGGGGGAGUCGAGGGGGCUCCUCACCUCGCAGCCCCCUCCCCCAGCCGUGGAGGCAGGAAGGCCUUGCUCACCAAGUGCCUUUUCUUUGUCAUGGGGCGGGGGCGGGAGGCCAGACUGCACCGGGAAAUAGGAAAGCCUCUGUGGCUGGGGUAGUGGCUACCGGGAAGGAGGGCUGCCUUUGUUUUGUUUCUCCAGCUGAGGGUGUGUGGAAAUAGAGACGGUCUGUCUUUCUCGACCCAUCCG